AGUGCACUCGCCAUAUGGGCACGCGAGGCGAAAGCAAUUCGGGGGGGAAACCGCCGCCGAGGAGGAUCAUCACGUCUUCCACUAUUCUAGCGCGUCGUGGGCGGUGAACCAAAGUGACUAGACCACCCCGCCAUGCAAGCAGAAAAGAGUUCUUAAGCACACCAUCGCCCUCUUUCAUUGUCCCUCACCCGCUCAUACUCUCUCACUCUCCCAUUGUAGUUUGAGAGUUUUGGACUUCUUUUCUUCAAACUCUUUUGUUCAAUUGCUCAAGAGCCACACAUCGCAAUGGUUCACUCAUCCGUUCUUGGUUUCCCCCGCAUGGGUGCGGACCGCGAGCUCAAGAAGGCAAACGAGGCCUACUGGGCUGGCAAGCUCUCACAGGAGGACCUCGUCAAGGAGGCCAGCCGCCUGAGGUUGGAGCACUGGAAGAUACAGAAGGACGCCGGUGUCGAUAUCAUCCCCAGCAACGACUUCGCUUUCUACGACCACCUCCUCGACCACAUUCAGCUGUUCAAUGCUGUUCCAGAGCGUUACUCCAGCGCUAAGCUGUCCCCACUCGAUGAGUACUUCGCCAUGGGCCGUGGUCACCAGAAGGAUGGUGUCGAUGUUCCCAGUCUGGAAAUGGUCAAGUGGUUCGACUCCAACUACCACUACGUCAAGCCCACCUUCCAGGAUGGCCAGGAAUUCAAGCUCGCUUCCAACCCCAAGCCCGUUCGCGACUUCAAGGAGGCCAAGGAGGCUGGCAUCACCACCCGCCCCGUCCUUGUUGGUCCCGUCUCCUUCCUUGCUCUUGGUAAGGCCGACCGCAACCAGUCCGUCGACCCCAUCUCUCUGCUCGAGAAGCUUUUGCCCGUAUACGUUGAGCUCCUUCAGCAGCUGAAGGAGGCUGGUGCCGAGUACGUUCAGAUCGACGAGCCUGUCCUCGUCUUCGAUCUUGAGCAGAAGGUCAAGGAUGCCUUCAAGCCUGCCUAUGAGAAGCUCACUGGCAGCGGUCUGCCCAAGCUUGUCCUUGCCACAUACUUUGGUGACAUUGUCCACAACCUCGAUGUCUUCCCCAGCAUUCAGAACGUUGCUGCUGUCCACAUCGACCUUGUCAGGAACCCCGAGCAGCUCGAGACCGUGGCCAGCAAGCUCGGCUCCAGCCAGGCUCUUUCCGUCGGUGUCGUUGACGGCCGUAACAUCUGGAAGACCAACUUCAAGAACGCCAUCGAGAUCGUCGAGUCGGCUGUUCAGAAGCUCGGCAAGGACCGCGUCAUCGUUGCCACCUCCAGCUCUCUUCUCCACACACCACACUCCCUCGACAGCGAGAAGAAGCUUGACGAGGAGGUCCGUGACUGGUUCUCUUUCGCCGUCCAGAAGGUUGCUGAGGUUGUCGUCAUUGCCAAGGCCGUGACUGAGGGCCCUGCCUCCGUUCGUGAGGCCCUUGAGGCCAACGCCAAGUCCAUGCAGGCUCGCGCUACCUCCAAGCGCACCAACGUUCAGGCUGUCAAGGACCGUCAGGCUAGCGUCACACCGGAGCAGCACGAGCGCAAGUCUGAGUUCCCUUCGCGUUAUGCCCAGCAGAAGGAACACCUCCACCUGCCUCUCUUCCCCACCACCACCAUCGGUUCUUUCCCUCAGACCAAAGAGAUCCGUAUCCAGCGUAACAAGUUCACCAAGGGUGAGAUCACACCUGAGGAAUACGAGAGGUUCAUCGAGAAGGAGAUCGAGGAGACCAUUAAGAUCCAGGAUGAGCUUGACCUUGACGUGUACGUCCACGGCGAGCCCGAGCGUAACGACAUGGUUCAGUACUUUGGUGAGCGUCUCGACGGCUAUGCCUUCACCACCAAGGGUUGGGUCCAGUCGUACGGAUCCCGCUGCGUCCGUCCCCCGAUUAUUGUCGGUGAUAUCUCCCGCCCCGCCCCUAUGACUGUCAAGGAGUCGAAGUACGCUGCUUCCGUCUCCAAGAAGCCUAUGAAGGGUAUGCUCACAGGUCCCAUCACCUGCUUGCGAUGGUCUUUCCCUCGUGACGACGUUCACCAGUCUGUUCAGGCUCAGCAGCUCGCUCUCGCUCUCCGCGACGAGGUUGUUGACCUUGAAGCUGCUGGCAUCUAUGUCAUUCAGGUCGACGAGCCUGCUCUUCGUGAGGGUCUUCCUCUCCGCAAGGGUAUCGAGCGCGAGAAGUACCUGUCCUGGGCCGUCGACUCCUUCAAGCUCUCUUGCGCUGGUGUCAAGGAUUCCACCCAGAUUCACUCUCACUUCUGCUACUCCGAGUUCCAGGACUUCUUCCAUGCCAUCGCCGCGCUCGACGCUGACGUUCUCUCCAUCGAGAACAGCAAGAGCGACGCCAAGCUCCUCAAGGUCUUCGAGGACAAGGAGUACCCCCGCCACAUCGGUCCUGGUGUCUACGACAUCCACUCUCCUCGUGUUCCCUCCGAGCAGGAGAUCAAGGACCGCGUCGCCGACAUGCUAAAGUACCUCAAGCCUGAGCAGCUCUGGAUCAACCCUGACUGCGGUCUCAAGACCCGUCAGUGGAAGGAGACCAAGGCCGCCUUGAUCAACAUGGUCAACGCCGCCAAGUACAACCGCGAGAAGUACUCUUCUUAAAUAUUUGCCAUUUGGCGACUUUGACUGUGUUUCAUCAACGCAGUCGCUUCGAGUAGCAUAUCAACAUGCUGCUGUGUAAUGUGUGUAAUGACGUUUCUAUGAUACCCAAAAGUUCAACCUGCAUUCUGGGUCGUUACGGUAGUUUCAAAGGGAGAUCUCUCUGGGGAGAUGAACGAUCUCAACAUCGGCGUUCAUCGAUAGCAGCAGGCUCGGUGCAUGCUGAAAGGCGUUUUGUUUCAAUAUUUGGGGACGUGUCCGGUCCUUGAGACUGACAGAUGCCUGCAAGUAGAUAGACUGCUCAUCAUUGAGAGAUGCGCGCACGCGGAGGUUUAAGAAUGUCAAUCCAUUCAGCUUCCAAUACACUUUACUCGAGCCCAACAAA